AUCGUCAUCACCACCACACACCUUGUCUCUGGUAAUAACGCUCAUUGAGCAUCGAAUCGAACAACCAUUCGAAAAAUCUCCUUUUGCGGAUUUAUGGAUCAGUAUCGAAGACACCAGCAAGGCGGCUGCAUAUGAUUGCGCCUUGUGCUUGAAGUUUUCCGAAUCGAUUACGAUCCUACGCCUGCAUACUCUCGGCCAUCAAACGGCAGCGGUCGCCUUCAUGAGCGAGGAUGGCGAAGCCACGGCGAAGAGCGUCUCGGCUGUGCUAGGAGGACAUUCCGGGGUGAGAGAUCUGGUGCGCCUUUUGCAGUGCCACCGGUGUUCACUUCCAUUCAAUAAUCCCGUCACUUUACCAUGUGGGAACUCUCUCUGCCGGAGCUGCCUCCCCGAGCCAUACGAGCGCGAGAACAUCUCAUAUCCGGACCUGCCAGGAAGGCGAGAAGGCUUCCAAUGUCCUUUCGAGGAAUGCGCCCAAGAACACACAAUUGGCGAUUGCAAUGUCGACGUUACUCUCUCGAAGAUAAUGGACGGCAUCGCAGAUGCGGUUGCGAAACUCGCGUUCUUGCCUGGAGAGGGGCCGCAAACUGUCGUCGAGAAAGUGGCCGCACAGGACAAUCACCAUGACGUUGAAGACAAAUCUAACCAGGAGCAUCUGCAUAUAGCCAUGUCCGGUGGAACAAUGCUGGCUUCGUAUACGCUCGCCGCGCAGGGCCAAUUGGCUUAUCAGACGGAUCUCAAAUUCUCUUGGUCUCCCGAGGACGACGUUGCUAUCAACACCCUCGAUACUCGUGCAAUCGUCGAAGUGCUCGGUGCGGCACAGAAGGAGGUUGAAUGUCAGGUUUGCUACGGUCUGAUGCUGAACCCAGUCACCACAUCAUGUGGUCAUACACUAUGCAGAGUCUGCCUCACUCGUGUACUCGAUCACACGCUGCACUGUCCAAUAUGUCGUCGCCAUCUUUCCCUAGCGCCCUCGCUGGCUGGGCAGUCUAGCAACAAGACGUUGGUCACCAUGCUCGCUCGAUCAUGGCCUGAGGCUAUCGCUGCUCGAAUCGAAGCAGUCGCCGCAGAGGAGCGGGAUGUCUACGGCCAGACAUUUCCACUCUUCGUGUGCACACUCGGCUUUCCAAACCAACCCACAUUCCUGCGAAUCUUCGAGCCUAGAUAUCGACUCAUGCUCCGGCGAUGUAUGGAGGGCAGCCGGCAGUUCGGCUUGGUCAUGUACAAUCGAUACAGUGAGCCUCAAGGCGAAUUAGGCAACGUACAUUUCUACCACUACGGUACUAUGGUCCGCAUCACCGAAGCAGCAUCGACGCCGAACGGAAUGAGCAUGGUCCAACUUCAUGGCCUUUACCGCUUCCGUGUCACCUCUCAUGGACUCGUCGACGGUUAUUCGGUGGGUACAGUUGAACGCGUCGAUGAUGUGGAUCUCGCAGAGGAAGAACGUAUCGAAGCCGAAGAGACCUCAGCGCCAGCAGCUGAGGACGAAGACCCCAACAUGCCAUCGAUAGACCGCAUGCCGACGCAAGAUCUUCUCGCAAUGGUCAAGGACUUCAUUGUUCGCAAUCAAGCUCGGAGUACCGGCUGGCUGCAACGAAAUGUGCUCGAUACACACGGGCAGCCUCCAGACGACGCAGCGACAUUCCCAUGGUGGUUUGCCUCUGUCGUGCCGCUCAUAGACGAGGAGAAGUACAAGCUACUACCAACGCGAACAGUCCGGGAGCGCCUUAAAAUCGUGGCACAGUGGGUCCGAAGGAUCGAAGCACAAAGAUGGUGAUGUUGGGUAUGGAACAUAACUGACCGAACAACUACCAGGUACGGGAACAGCAACACGUGUCGGAUCUUAUG